AUGCUGGGCUAUUUCAGUUGUCCAGCAGCACUCCGACGGGAGUCCUGUCCAGAGUCCAAAGUUCCCAGGACAGGAAUGAAAAGUAAGAAACUGAUCCUAAUCCAAGAUUAAACCAAGAGGAACAAUAUGCUCCUCUUCAACAUUACUUAAACACACAGAUAUUAGACUUGACUAGAUAUACUACUGGAGUUGCCAAUUUAAAGCAGUUAGUUGUGUGGCACUGCUAUAAGCUAAGUCAAAUGUGUGGGGAUAUAAAGUAGAAUUAUCUGAGAUAGAAACUAGUGAUCAUAAGUGAUGGAAGUGUUUUUUAUAAUAAUUUUGAGUACCUAUGCACAAAAAGAUCCACCCGAAACAUGAAUUCUAACUUCUAAGUGAAUUGAAAUUCAAAUUGUUUCAGAACAGUCAUGGAGCUACUUUGUAUAUAUUUAUUUCAUUUCAAUCUAUGGAUUUCUCUUAUAAAUUAAUUUUAGUCCAUUAGUCAAAGUUUAUCAUCAAUAUGAAGGUCCAAGUAACCAACAAAGUAACAUCAUUAUCUGCAUGCUUAAAAGCUCUCAUUGGAAACAAUGGAGAGUCUUCAACUUCUCUGAAAAGAGAGAAAUCUAUUCUCAAUUUAAGAGCAGUCUAUGAAUUUGCUCAAGAACUUGCUGCUCAUCCUUGCAAAACCUGUGAUAAAGAACAACUGCAAGGCCUGCUUGACAAGCUGUUCACUGUGGUAGCUGCCACACCACAUCAAGUUCCAUUUGAUGCCUCCGUGCUAGCCUCUUCUAGCAUUGCUGUGCUGCUUGAGCAUUUGUAUCCUACUGAUGCCGAUAAGCACUUAUAUUCCCUUUUUUACAAUGUGCUUACUCACUAUCCUUAUGAGAAUUUACCUAAUUUCUCAAAACUAUCAUCAGCUGAGUCAAAAUGCUCUUGCUGUACUCAUGGUUGUAUAGAAAAUUUCAAUGAUCAAAUUCUUCUUGCAUGGCUUCAUGGCCUUGUCAAAGUAAUGCCUGCAUUCCUGUUCAAGAAGUCAACAGCAUUUAGCAUUAUAGAUAUAUUUAUUCUUCUUGACAAUCUUGUCUCUAUAGUUGAUGCCUCAUGGCUCUAUCAGCUUUUUGUGGUUUUUGAAUUGUGGACAGAAAAAGUCAAGGAUAAAAUUAACAUGUAUCUCUCAGAGUUUGAUUUUGAACAUGAUCAACUGGGAGAAGUGAAUGAGCUACUUUUAAGUAUAUGCUCUCUUCAUGAAGAAGAAGGUGGAUCUUUGCUCAAAAUUCUAUCAAAUCACUGGGAGAGUCCAGUUAAAGGUGUGCCUGGGCUGUGCAUCAAAAUCUUGUCCAAUGUUAUAAGCAUUUUCGACACUCUCCAUGCAAAUCCCUCUACCGGAGCAGAUCUCCUGUGCAAAUCAGUCUUUCAAUCAGGAUUGUGGUCUUCUAGAGCAGCAUAUUCAACACUGCAGGCUAUCCUGAUUGGCCGGCACCUUACAGCAGUGGAGAUGAUCGGACGAGGAGGCAAGGCGCUGUGUGAGGGCAUGUGCAGUGGCUUGCGCAGUUCGCAUUUAGCCAUGAGCGUCACUGCAUUGUACAAGCUUCUUCUGGUCUCUCUACCAGAGCCUCUUUGGAUGAGGCAUUUUUGGAAAGGAUUCCUAUCAGCCUUGACGUCCGACAUCAGAGUAACUCAACACAACUGCAUAACCUUGUGGUUGCCCAUAACUCUGCGUCACUAUUCAUUAUUAUUGCAAGGUCUUCUUACUAGCUGUCCUGACACGGACGCAGGGUGGCUGGCAAGGAUAGCCAUACUGAAGAAUUCUGACAGCGCCUUGACUUGUCAUGUUCGGUGCCUCGUUGGCGGGUUAUGUCAAGAGGCGAUGCAUCAGAAAGAGGGUUCUACCUACCAAGAUAUCAAUAGUAUCUGUAAUGACAGCCUAUGUACUAAAAUUGUUGUUACUGAAAUGUCUACUACCCCUGACUCAAACGGUAGCGGGGAUAAAUUUUCGAAUAAUGUUGCAAGAAAUCCUGGCGUGGAUAACUCAGUAUUACUACCUGAGGAAAGUUCUAUUUCUGAAUCACCUGCUGCAGCGUUAUGUCCUGCGAAUGUUUUGUUGGAGGCUCUGAGUCACCCCGUCUCUGCCGUGCGUGCCGACGCUUUUGCUUUGCUGUGCCAACCUGACAAGCCUUCAACGCCCGUCACUGAACUUGAAGCUCAUCUAAUUCGAAACUUCUUGGUGUUUAACAUCAACAUUGACUGCUCCAUUUUUCGGUUGUCUCUUGUAAAGAGUUUCAAACAUCUACUAUCAAGGCUUAAAACUACUAUUUAUAAAGGCAUUAGACCAUUUAAACUGUUUUUGGAAGCCGACACAAAAAUCCCUUUGGAUGAAAUAGGCGAUAAGUUGUUUACAUGCUCCAAACUUGUGUUGUGGUUUGUUCGUUUCUUGCACAAUCAAUUAAUAAGCAGAGGCAAUUACCAGAGGAUAAUACUUUCUCUUCAACUGUACAAAGAAUUGCUUAUCCAUUUCUCCUCUGAAAUUUCCAAAGACGUUAAGCCGAAUCAAGUCUCAACCAUCGUACUUGUUAAAAAAUUUCUUGACUUGCAUAGCAUUGACGACGCGUGGCUAUUGCAAGAAUACUUAUUUCAGCCGCAAUACAGACAAAAUCUGGAUAUGUCGUUUAAUUUCAGCGCCUUUUCUUGCCCAUCAUGUUCCACGGAUAUUGGAAGUCUUCGUGCUCAUCAUCGUCUCCGAGUUUGUGAUUUAACUCUGCCUUACACUGUCCCUCUAAUGAUGUCUCUACUAAUACAUGAAAUGAACGAUGUACGAGAUGAAAGUGAAUGUAUUCUUAUGACAUUGAGUGACAAUGCCUGGCUACAGUAUCUUGAGCGCAAUGCAUUUUCAGGAAAAAACGAGUCAUUGAAUGAUAUAACGUUGCGUGCAGCCCAUCUUGAAAUUACGUCUAAGAACAAAUACAAAUCCUUUUGCUUGUGCUCUUUACUAGAGUACCAGAACGAAUCUGAAACACCCAAAAAUUCUAUUGAAACUAUCGAAACUUCGCCAACUGGAAUCUCUGAAGUAAGAGCCAGUGACUACAAGGAAAUAUCAGCAACCAAGAGUCGGUUUGGAAAUGUGCGAGGCGGCGGCCAUGCGUGUAUGGUUUUAUCAGGGCACCUGAAAGACGCCUUUGCACUGCUGGAUAGCCCAAAAAUGAGUGUCGCUGAGAGUGGGGCCCUCGUGUUGCGUGUGCUGAUAACUGCCAUCAAACGAAUGUCCGCAGUCUUGGAUUUAUCUUUGGAGCAGGUGCUGCUUCAGGUGCCUGACAUUUCAGUGCGACCUAACCCCAGCACUGAUGACGACGUGAUAUUGAUGAUACGCGUGUUACUCAGCAAAGCUGCUCGAGACUUGGCUGCAGCGCGGCACAAUCUGCUUCACGCUGCCACCUCAGCUCCCGUACAUGGCACCUUGUUGGCUAUACAUUCGGUCCUACAAACCAACGGCUCCAUUGACAGCAGCGCACAAGAUAUUUAUGCACAUCUUCUAACUGAAGUUUUACUCCUCUCUGAGGAGGCCGUGGAGUUCAUGCUUGGCAGAAUGGCUCUUGCUGCGAGUGAAGGUUCAGCUGUCGCUCCUUCAUUCUCCGAGAUCAGCGAAUCUAUCGAAGCCAUAAUACAAGCGUGCAAAUCGAGCAACUCCUCCAAGCCUGAAACUGAAGUAAGCGCGGAUAUUGGCAUUGAUAUUCCGCCUCAUCAUUGUGAUGAUGACGAAUUCAGCAUGGACUGCGGAGCCAUAUCUGGCGAACAUCAGCUGGUGCUAUCUUGCUGCUGGCAGACAAUCAAGGCUGCUUGUCUGGUCAGCUCGACAGUAAUAAGUCUGCCGUACAUCAAAGUGUGCGACUACAAUGACUCCGUCACAAAGGAAACUAGUAACGAUUUUGUUGACAAUUCGGAUGUUAGUGAUGAAACUUCGUCUGCCUUAGCAACUAAAGUGAACACCAACACCACCGACAUUGCUGCGCUUACUGAAGCUGCAAGCUCAACUUUAUUUGGAAGCAACCUGGGUAAGACCUCAACAAACUGGAAUACUGGAAAGAUUGAAAACCACCUUACUGCUACAACUGAAAAAUGUUUCAUCUUCCUGCCAAUAACCGCAGUGCAGCGUGCCGUCAGUUGCGUACUUCUGCGAACGCUUACAGGCACGCGCCACAAAGGGGCAAUCGAGGCGGCCAAAAUUUGUCUGACUCGAGUCGCGUCCGCGCUACUGACCAACUCCUCCACAUACGACCUCCUGGAUGAGCUACUACAUUGCACGCUUGUACGGGAGCUUGCCCUGGACUCGGGAGACGCUGGCGCGGCCUCCGCUCGCCGGUCUGUAACGCGGCGGGCAGCAGGACUAGCGAUGUUGUCGCAGGCUCUCUGUGUUGCGGACCACAACCACGCCUCACGAGGCUCCCCGCCGCGACUACUGCUACACACCCUGCACACUCUGCUGCAGCACGCGUGUCAUGGGCAACAGGAAAGUGAAGGCUCGGACUGCCGGUGCAGCGUGGUGCUGCAUUUGCUGCAAGGAAUUGUGCAGCAGCUGCAGCAUUGCCAUCGUCUCGACGACAUUGCCACCGCCUGCAUCGCGGCCUUCACUUCUUCGUGCUGGCGAUGCAGGAACGCAGGACUGCAGCUUUUUGGGAGCGUUGUGACGCGUUUGGUGGGACAGAAGAAAGUGGCGGAUGAUUCGUCGGACUACAACAGCCUCAUCGCCCCACAGUUCAUAGCCUCGCACCCUGACCUGACGCGCGCCCUGCUGAAGCUCCUGCGCCAGACUGCCUUUGCAGUUGGCCGAAGUAGUGGCAGCUGUUAUAAAUGUAAAGCAGAUAGUGAAACAGUCAAAUUUACUGCGCUUCAGAAUAUUGCGUCUCGAAAUAGCAGCCAUAUAAUUGUAGACAGUACAUGUCCUUUAGCUUCCGAAAUCCCUGAGCUGGAGAAUAUUAAUAGAGACUAUCAAAUAACGAAAUCUGUGUGCGAUAAAGCAUCAAAUUCAGAGCGUGGGGAAGAAAAUGAUACGGCUGCCAUCACAACUUCUGUUGAUAAAAAUGUCAUUCAGAAAAAUGCUCAGGCUGAGAAGAACGAAGUCGAGUUAUCAUCAGUGGUAAUCCCUGUCCUGUGCUUACUAUCGCGCUUGUCACCUGGUCUACAACUGUGUGAUGAUCAGUUCAAGGAAGUCAUUGCGGGCUUUCAAGAAUCGUUGCGUUUACUGCUUGGCUCGUCUAUUUUUUAUAUUCGUUCUUUAGCAGCCAAAAGCCUUUUGUCGCUCAUACCCCGGGCUGAGCAGACAUGUUUCAUUGAAGUUCUCCUCGACAAACUCUACGAACACUCCGGGAAUCCUGCGCAGGCAUCAGCUCGGGACAUCGUUCGUGAACAUAAUUGUAUUAGUAGCAAUGAAAGGAAUGGCUUCCUGCUGCUCCUCAAGUACUAUAUCCAACGAACUAAAAUACCUGUUGAUUCUAUUCCUAAUGAAAAUCCCUCUGAAAUGCUGUGCUCGGUAGCAGCGAAAGUUUUCAUGCGUGAUGGGGAAUGCUUCAUAAAUCGGAGCUUAGCAUGCGAAUGUCUCAUGCAUCUAAACGAUUAUUCGCUUUUUGUUGACAAAUUGAUUUUCGGUGGAGCUAGACUUCAUCACCCUGGCUCUGAAAGAUUCCUUGAAUUAACCAUCAUGUACCAAUUGCGCGCUGCACCCGCAUCUCGAAGAGAAAUCACGGUUUCAACACAUCUCUUUGGCAGCUUUCCUGAAUCUGCUAAAAUCGCCGCGGAUUUCUGGGUGAAAGAGCUUCAGGUACAAAAUUAUCCCUUAGAUGAUAGCGACUGGUUUAUUUUAGAGAAUCUAUUAAAGAACAUUUUGUACUGUGAACUGAACAUGAAUUCCGCAAAUUUCUUACGAACUAUUUGUCGAUUAUUUGACUCCAGAAAAUCAAUUGUGAAAGACAUGACUAAAAACUUCGAUUGUCACGGCAUGUGUCAUCAUGCGCUGAUGUCGGUCUUGAGAGGCGAUCUGAACGCUGCAGCUCAAAGGGACCUGUUGACCCUCAUGAGUUAUCUACUCAGCUCUCUUCGUGUUUCAUUCACAGAUGAUGUAUUGAUGCUGUUCUCGAAAACUGUCCUCGCUUUCUCGCAGGAAAACGCUGCAGAAGUAUAUCGUUUGUGCAGUGCGAAGUGCGUUGGUUUGCUCUUACCUCGCUUAAUGACUCCAGGUGGCGGGAGUUUGGUGAGCCUCAAAGAAAAUCUCGUCAAGAUUGUAUGUGAUCUUUUGUACGAUGAGGACCCAUAUGUUCGCAGCACAGCUUCUUUGUUCCUCUCGCACAUUGCCGAGUCCUCGCUAAUUCAUAAGACGCAUCCAAACAAAGCUUUAGUUGAUAUUCUGGAUUACAUCGCUGAACAAUGCUGCUUACAAGAUGAUGUCAUGUUGCUCGAAAGUUUAUGGCGAGAAUACAAGGAAGUUGCCCGUACAAGUUCCGGCAUAGGAGCUAAAACAAAAAAUUGCGGUAAGAGUUACCUUUUUGAGUCGCAGUCACUGAAUUUGUACAAAGAGAGCUCGAUCAUGUUGCAGCUGCUUCAGCAGGCUCUAUUUGUCAUCAGCAGUAAAGGAUCGUGUGCUUUACGAGAUCAUCUAACGCAGCUGCAUCUUACUUCUUCAACACUGGAAAAUUGACAAUCUAGUACUGAGCUCAAGUACGUUGUUCGACAAGCCCUAGUAUUAGCAGACGGGUUCCUGUAUGAUUUUGAAGUGCCUUAACAAAUCAUGAUAUCGUGAUGAAUACAUUCUCGAUCUUGCUA